ACAGGAUCGGCCAUCUUGCCAGUGGCCCCUUGCCGACUGUGUGGUGCGGAUACUCAGGACCUUUCUCGACUUCUCUCGCCCAAAGGAUAUUGAUCUUCCCAUAAAUAUGUCGCUUUUCGGAUCACUUCUCUCCGGGUUUGACGACGACCCGUUUUUUGGGACCAGUUAGCUGGACAGGGGAAUUGUCACACCUUUAGUAGCUCUUCAGUGAUGACAAUGACAACAGGUCCAGAUGGCCGACCUCAGCUAUACCAGGCAUCUGCUUCAUCCCGUAGUGUGCCUGGUGGUGUAAGGGAAACAAGACGUACAAUUAGUGAUAGUCGAUCAGGCACACGCAAAAUGGCAAUUGGUCAUCAUAUUGGUGAGCGCUCCCAUAUUAUAGAACGUGAGCAGUCAAGAGAAGGAAGCCUUGAAGAAAAACAAGAGUUCAUAAACCUUGAGGAAGAUGAGGCACCACUAUUUGACCAAGAGUUUCGCCGUCGAACUCAGCACAUGCAUAGUGGAACCUCUCUGGAUUACAGACCCAGAAAUAGAAGUUCAAACGCCUCAUACAAUCGGGUCACCAGUGUCCCUGCAAUUACUUCUUCAUCUCACUACAGAAGGCGCUCUCGGCCUAUGCUUUCCAUCACUGCUGGCCCAAG